CGAAGAAACACCGUCUCGGUUGAUGUGCAACUUCUGAGGCUUACAUACAAGUUAAAAGCUUUCCCGUUGGUUUAGUAUCUCGUACGAGUAGUCUUCAAAAAUGACAGUUACGACAGUACCUCUUUUGCGCUCUCCGUGCUUGAGCUCGUUGUAGAUACGACCACACCUUUAGUUUUGUUUCGUGAAGAGGACGAUUCUGCGACUGACAGUACGCUGUUCGUUGUGAUAGUCAUUGAAAAUGCUCAACACCUCUUUGGAAAAAGAUACCGGCUGCCCAGCACACAAAGUUGGCGUAGGCCAUCGUUGUGAAGAACGUAAACAAGGAGUCGGUGCGGGAGCGCAGCGAGGGUGGAUUUGUACCAGCUCAUGUCGACAACACGCAGCGUUUUUCCAGCGCCCCCUCGCGCUUCUUGCCUUCUUCGCUUCGCCAGGCGCCGCACAGUAUUUCACAAAGCCGAAGUCGUCUUUGUCCCUGCUCCAGGAUCCGCAGUUGCGCACGAAACCGUCGCUGGACGCCGUGCUGCGGGACAAGAAGACGACCAAGGCGGUGAUGCAAGACUUUCUGUACGACAAGAACCACCCGGUCGGGAGCGCCACGGCCCGGCAGCUGACGCGGCGGCAACACGCGGAGCGCGUGCUGGAGCACUUCGACGAGCGGUUUGAGCACGCGACCAGCCCCAGCUCUGGCGUGCGGAUCUCGCGGGAGCAGUUCGAAUCGCAAAUGGAAAAAGCCAAUCUGCACGGGUUUUCUCGUACCGGCAGCACUGGCGGGGAGAAACAAAAAACCGAGGGGCCCAGCACCGGCGCCAGCAUUUUGGGCAUCGACAUUGACCUUUUUGACGACUUUGCGCGGAAACUUCGCUCGGGCGAACUGCAGAUCGGCAAGGACGGAGUUCUAGUUAUCCGGGAGAAAAUGGAGUGUAUAGGAACUCAGCACGACGACCCAUGUUGCCGACCACAUAAACAUAUAAAUUGAACAGAGGUUGUAGUACUUCAGAGUUGUCCCGAGCCUCAUCCUUCGCCUGCUGUUCUGUGAAUCAUGCGUAGAAAGCUGGGGCCCAGGUGCAGGCUCUGAGGCUGGGGCGCAAGCAGGACUGCACUGCACACCAAAAAACUCCUUCUGCUCGUGUUUUUAUGGAGCGUGAUGGAACCUGGGUGGAAACAGGCACUAGAAAAAGUGCAGCUUGUUUGCUUUUAUGUCAACAAGUCUGCCCACGUCAAAACACAGCUUGCACGUCGUGCGCUGUGGUAUUUGUGGCGCAUCAACGUAAAGUGUGGCAGCUCGGUGGGAUUGUGUUUGGGAUUGUGUUUUUCGCGAAUACAGGACUACGACGUGUCGGGUGGCAGUGGUUGGAGUUUUUUGCAACUUUAUCAAGUGGAGAGAAGCACGGUGCGUCACACAUUCGAAAUCGCUUGCGCCAUGAUUCUUGCGCGAAAGAUGCAUGAGUUUUGCAUUUGUCCUUUAUGAUCUUUCGUGCUCUACCACAGUGAGGAAAGAAAAAUUUUUUUUCUAGACAGAAGCACGUGCACGACCAUGCGAUGUUAUGGUUACGAUUCCCGCAUGGCAGAUUCUGACUCUCCUGCUAGCUCAUUUCACCUCACACGUGCAGUGACCCAUACAGAAAACUGGGGAUUUACUCUCUUGCAGCAGUCACGUCGCCUGUGCAACAGACGGGGACGAGCAGUGAUCUGAUUUUGAUUUACCUGUGCUUCCUCCCUCCCCUGCAUGGAUUUCUCUUCGCCAACGGCUAUUCCGAGUCCGUCGUGUUUGCGCUAAAUUUGCUUGCCAUCGUCUUUCUGUUCUUCAUCCGGAAGGGGCAGAAAGAGAAGGAGGCGAGAGCGGUACGGGAAACGUACGACCAAGGUAAUUCGUCGCCCGUGUCGGCCGCGCCCGCAGGAAGCCGUGGCGGAAGAACAGGUGUUGACGAGGGUAGCGCGCGUCGAGAACGUCAGGCCGGACCAGUGGCGAAAACGACGACGAGCAGUAGACUGCAGCACUUGCAGGAACUCGACUGAAGACUUCGGCUCCGCUGUUCGUAGGACGGAUAAUUUUGCUCCAGGAAUUUCUGCUGAGAACUAAUAUCCUCGGCGAGGACGGAGGUGUAGAUGAAUCUGCGAGCUGUUUGUUUAUUUGCUUCUUGUUGUUAGGCGCACGGCGCGGAGAUCGAGACACUUUCGAAUUGGAUGCGACGUCCUCAACAAGAGUCGCAUAAUAGGCUCUCUUUGAGGAAUUGGAAUAUAAUGAAAUGGUAGAGACAAUAGAAAAUGAAAAUCCCAAGUUCAUCAACAACUGACCGGGAAAAUGAUAGCGCUCUUUCAGCUUGAAGAAGACUCCCACGUCGUUCACGCUCUUGUUGCGGUUGUUUCCUCGAAUCCUGCGAGAUGUACCCGCUUGGUCGUUGUUUCUUGAAAAUAAUGCUACUUUACGCGACUAUGCAGUUGAUUUUUUGAGUCAGGAGUCAGUUUUGCUUCUGUUUUCGAAGAUGUGCCGCACCCAGGCUUUACAUGU